AUAUUUCGAUUCAGAAGAAGAUCGAAACAAGCUUCAAAGUCUCGUAGGCGAACAAAAGUCGUCGGAGAAGAGCUCAGAGAGGUCGGUGGACGGAAUCACGCCGGUAACUGAGUCAUUUGGUCGGUUGGAUCGCCGGGAAAGUCGAGCACGAGAACAUUUUCAACCCUCUGUUUCUUCGGAUUUGCAUCUGUUUUUUUUUUGUCUGUUUGAGAAUUCAAUAUCGAUCUCUCUCACAAGGUCAAUUUUUGAAGAAUGUAUCCUGUUUAUGGAUACAUGGAGCCUCAUCAUGGACCUUGUUCUCUAUCUCACCAAAUAGACCAGAACUCUCAUCCUUAUUAUCACUCCAUGCCCAUGCACUACAAUGCCAUGACUAUGAAUAAUUCUCCAGACUACAAUGCUUGUUGCAACAAGAGCUAUCCUUAUGGUUAUCAAGCUUUCAGACCUCCAUAUUUUCACUACCAACCCCCUCCUCAGUUCUACCAACAUGGACCUUACCCUCCUUUUCCUGACCACCCUUACUACAGUCCUUACUUCAUUCCUCCUCCUCCAGACAACCAUUGUUGUGGUUGUCCUAACUAUGCAUGUCACCAGAGAGAGAACAAUGGGGUGAAGAUUUUGAAGCAGAGUCCUGAGCCUGAACAGAAGAAGAGCAGUGAUUUGUCAAACUAUCAUUAUCCUGUUGUUUGGUUUCCUCCUGAUUAUUUGAAUGAGAAAAACAUGAAUAACUUGAAGAAUUUAGUGCAUGGUGGAGAAGAGAAGAAGAAAACUCAGCCGCCUUGGCCAAUUGUGUGGAUGCCGGGGAAUGAGAAGCCAGAGGGAAAUGUAAAAGAGUUGAAGGAGAUUAAUGAUGCUCCAAAGAGUGUUGAGGAGCCACCGAAGUUCAAGAUCAUUCCAUUGAAGUUUCUUGAGAAUGGUGUUGAGAAAGAGAAUAAGGAGAACAACAAGGUUAGAAGCAUUCCUGUGAAGCAGUUUGAAGAAAUGCCUGAGAUGCAAAGACAAGGGGAUGAUGUUAAAAAGUCUAGUGUUGUGGAGAUGCCAAUGGAGGAGAAGAAGGAUGUUAAGAAGUCUAAUUCUGGUAAGCUAACAUCUCCAGCAAAGUCAUCAAAAUUGCCUCCUGUUUGUCUGAGAGUUGAUCCAUUGCCAAAGAAGAAGGGUUCAAAUGGUUCUUCAAUGUCUCCUUGCCCCCCUGAAAUCAAGGAAACCAAGAAGGACAAUGAGAAGGAGGAUAUCAAGGUUGUUGAAAUCAAGGACAAAUCAUCGAAAAACGUUGAACAAGUGCAUGAAAAGGUUGUUUCUGAUGAUAAGAAAGUAGAAGGGAAAUCUUCGGAGGAUGAGAAUUUGAAGAACAUAACUGAGGCGGCUUCAGAUCGUAAAAAGAGUGAAGUGAAGAAGAUUACGAAGAGCAUGUCCGAAUCUGAGGCAGCAGUACUUAUUCAGUCUGCUUACCGAGGUUAUGAGGUCAGAAGGAUGCAGGUGUUGGAGAAACUUCGCAAGAUAGCCCGUGUUCAAGAGCGAAUUGCUGAUGUUAGAACACAGAUUCAUCAAUUUGAGGCUUCUAAGGAGAGGGACUCAAAGCAGCAAGCAGUCAUCAGUGAAACUGUAAUGAAUCUGCUUUUGCAGCUUGAUACCAUACAGGGCUUACAUCCUGAUGUUAGAGAGAUAAGAAAGUCUGUAGCAAGAGAACUUGUCUUUCUACAAGAGAAACUUGAUACCUUAGGCAGUUGCAUUGCCAAGAGCAAUGGCUCAGAUGAAGCUAAUAAGCAAUCAAAAGACGAAGUUUUAGAGAUGGGAACCCAGUCUGUAGCUGUGAUUGAUGGAGAGAAGUAUGAGGAGAUCACUGAAGAUGAACAAAGAGGAAGUGCUGAAAUGACUGAACCUGUAGAGCAUGAAAAAUACGCCAGUGAUUCUUCAACCAACACCAUCGAUUCUAAAAUGGUUGAAGAAUCACAAUUGAUCUGUGAUAGGAAAGAAACAGAAGCAAUGGAUGACAAGAUUGGUGAGUCCAUUGAUCCUCCAGUAUCGUCUGUGUGUAGGGAGGAAAAUGAAGACAGAACAACUACCACACCAACUGAACCUAUUGAGUCUACAAAUGAUAGUGGGAAAGCACUAGACACACAACCAGAGUAUGUGGAACAGAUGCCAAACAUCGUGGAUGAAGUAGAGAAGAUUGCAGCUGAAACUUCAACUAUAACACCUGAAAUUGUUCCAGCGCAGAGUGAAUUUGCACAAGAUCUUGAGAAACAAAUAAUGCACCAGAGUGACAAUAAAGAGAAGAUUUUAGCCAUGCCAUGCAAUGAAGAAGUGAUUGCUGAGAGUGUUGCCUUAGUAGAAGGAGAUCAAAUUGAGAAGAUUGCUGAAGAAAUUUCUGCGGAGAAAUUAAAGUUAAAGGAGGAGAGUGAUGGAGAGAAGUCUGUUCCUGCAGUAGGCAAUGAAAUUGCUAAGAUUGCUGAAGAAAGUGCAACAAUCUUGACUACUGACAUUGAUCCAACCUUGAGUGAAACCUCAGAAAUUUCUGAGGAGAAGACAGGGAACAAUGAAGAGAGUUCAUCAAUCAUACAAUCAGUUAUUGCAGACGAAGCACAUACAUUUGUGAAGAUUGCUGCAGAAAGUGCAACAGCCACUACUCUUGACAUUGUUCCAACCCAGAGUGGACAAACAGAACUUUCUGAGGAGAAGCCAGAUAGCACUGAAGAGAGUUCAUUAAUCAUGCCAUUACUUACUGAAGGAGAAGGUAAAAUUGAGAAUGUUGCUGAAGACAGUGCAGCUAUGGAAUUUGACAUUGUUUCCACACAAAGUGAACAUGCAGAAAUUUUAGAGGAUAAGCCAGAUUUCAAUGAAGAGAGUUCAUCAAUCAUGCAAUCAAUUGCUGCAGAAAGAGCUAAAAUUGAGCACAUUGCUGAAGAAAGUGCUGUUAUAAUGACACCUGACAUUGUUCCAACAAAGAAUGAUUCUGCAGAUAAUCAAGUUGUUAAUGCUCAAGAUACAUUUUCUGAGGAAAAGAGACUGCUGGAAGAAAACCAGAAGCUGAGAGAAAUGCUUGAGAAGUUGUUUGAGGCUGGGAAAGAACAGUUGGAAGUAAUAUCCACAUUGAAUAGGAGAGUGAAGAACUUAGAAAAGAAGGUAACAUCUUCACAGAAGAAAAAACCAAGAGUAAAAAUGAACAAAACCUCAAAAUCCACUACUUAUUUCACAGGGAAUAACAACACUGUAACUUCAGCAGCAUGAGUUGUAUCAUCACUUCACUAUUCUACAUUUGCAUAACUAUUGUUUGUAAUAUCAUCUUGUGCACUGUUCAAUAAAAUUGUGGCUUUCUUCUUGUCU